AUGGCUGCUUCAUCUUCUUCUUCCACCCGUACCCUUCUCCUCCUCAUCCUCCUCUCCUCUCUGUCACUGAGUGUGGAGUCUCGACUCUCGUCCCAACCCUCGUCCCGACCAUCACCUCGGAAACACGACACACAGGUACUAGAUAAUCUCUUCAGCGCUCAGCUCCGCUCUCUGAUCCUCAACCAACCAGACAUCACCUCUGAAGGUUCCACUUCUGGCCCCUCCCAUUCCUACCAUCCUCCCUCCCAGGGAUUGGCUGGUCGCGGCAUGGGGGCGGGUCCUGUGGUCCCCAGGUUGUUCCUAGACUUUCUGCGCCAACAGAGGAUGUUCCGUGGGCGGAGCAGGAAGAGCGCCACCGCCAGGGGAUGCUUCGGCAUGAAGGUGGACCGCAUCGGAUCUAUCAGCGGUCUGGGAUGCUGA